UUCAUGUUUGAGAGGUAAAUGUGUUCUCUGCUCGCUCAGAAGCACCGAGCUCAGGGCUGAACACACACAGAUGGCGUUCAGCAUGAAGACUGGAAGGCCUCAGAGGCCGUCUGGUUCAGAGUCCAACUGUGAACCCUUGUUUUAGAAUCAUCUGCAGAGACAGCGUCUCAGGCAACCCAGGCUGGAUAUGAACUCACUAUUGAGCCCGCAGUGAUCUCGGACUCCUUGUCGUCUGGUCUCUACCUCUGAAUGUAGAUUGUCUCUGCUUGAGUGGCAAGCCCUCUAUCCACUGAGGUAUCUUACAGCCCUCAGAACACUCUUAGAGCCGCCGCAAUAAUGCAGGCUACUAGGGAGACUGUGUUGUGGGUAAGUGGUUCAGAGAAUUCUUGUUACACUGUAUUGGUUGUCUGUGUCUUUUGCAACAAAUGAACACACGUGACAGAAAAGAACAGAAGUUGGAGAUGGAGCAAUGGCUCGGGGUUUGAGAGAGCCCUGGCUGUUCUUCCAAAGACCCGUGUUUGAGUCCUAACACCCACACGGAAGCUAACAGCUCUCUGUAACUCCAGUUCUGGGGUCUCUGGCACCUUCUUCUGGCCUCCAAGGACAUAUCAGUUAUUUAAUGCAUGGGUAUACACGCAGGCAAAGCACCAUGCACAUUAAAGAUAAAAGUGCAGAGGGUUAUUCUCUGUCUGUUCUGGAGACCCACAGAUCUAAGUUACUUCUACUGGACUAAAACCAAGGUGUGGGCAGGGCAACUCCUUGUUGAAGUCCUCCCUGCCCUAUCCAGCUUCUGGAGACGUCUGAUAGCCUCCGCUGUGGCAUCUGAAUAGUUUGUGAACAGCAGGAGAAGGUGGGGCAGAGUCACCUGCACCUUGGGUACAUAUUUGACCCUGUUUAUGACUCAUGUCCCUUUGGAACAGAGCCUCCCUCAGGUGGAAAGUCUACAUGCCCCACCUCCCUGUGAGCUGCCUUAUAGGGCAGCAUCCCCACAGGGCUCUGAGAGGCCCUGGAAGCCCUGCUUUCCUGACACCCUACAGGACUCACAGGCAGGCCAUGGCAGCUCUGGCAGCGGGAGUAUCCAAGCAACGUGCAGUUGCUGAGGGGCUUGGCUCUAACCAGAAUGCUGUGAAGUAUCUGGGCCAGGACUUCGAGACCCUGAGGAAGCAGUGCUUGAACUCGGGGGUCCUAUUUAAGGACCCAGAAUUUCCAGCAUGUCCAUCAGCUUUGGGCUACAAGGAUCUAGGACCAGGCUCCCCAGACACUCAAGGCAUCGUAUGGAAGCGACCCACGGAAUUGUGUCCCAACCCUCAGUUUAUUGUUGGUGGAGCCACACGCACAGACAUCCGCCAAGGGGGUCUUGGAGACUGCUGGCUUCUAGCAGCCAUUGCCUCCCUCACCUUGAAUGAAAAGCUGCUUUACCGGGUGCUUCCCAGGGACCAGAGCUUCCAGAAGGACUACGCGGGCAUAUUUCAUUUCCAGUUCUGGCAGUAUGGAGAAUGGGUGGAGGUGGUCAUUGAUGACCGGCUCCCCACCAAGAACGGGCAGCUGCUUUUUCUACACUCCGAAGAAGGCAAUGAGUUUUGGAGCGCUCUGCUGGAGAAAGCCUAUGCCAAGCUAAAUGGUUCGUAUGAGGCUCUUGUUGGAGGCUCCACAAUCGAGGGGUUUGAGGAUUUCACAGGUGGCAUCUCUGAGUUUUAUGACUUGAAGAAGCCUCCGGAAAAUCUGUACUACAUCAUCCAGAAGGCCCUCCGCAAAGGCUCUCUGCUGGGCUGCUCCAUUGAUGUCUCAACUGCAGCUGAAGCAGAAGCCACCACCAGGCAAAAGCUGGUUAAGGGUCAUGCAUACUCUGUUACUGGAGUCGAAGAGGUGAAUUUCCAUGGCCGUCCAGAGAAGCUGAUCAGGUUGAGGAACCCAUGGGGUGAAGUGGAGUGGUCGGGAGCCUGGAGUGAUAAUGCACCUGAGUGGAAUUACAUAGAUCCAAGGAGGAAGGAGGAGCUGGACAAGAAAGCAGAAGAUGGCGAGUUCUGGAUGUCCUUUUCGGAUUUCUUGAAGCAGUACUCCCGACUGGAGAUCUGCAACCUGUCCCCAGACUCUCUGAGCAGUGAAGAGAUACACAAAUGGAACCUAGUACUCUUCAACGGCCGCUGGACACGGGGUUCUACAGCCGGGGGCUGCCUGAACUACCCAGGCACGUACUGGACCAACCCCCAGUUUAAAAUCCAUUUGGAUGAGGUGGAUGAGGACCAGGAGGAGGGCACCAGUGAACCCUGCUGUACCGUGCUGCUGGGUCUGAUGCAGAAGAAUCGAAGACGUCAAAAGAGGAUCGGCCAGGGCAUGCUCAGCAUAGGCUACGCUGUCUACCAGAUUCCCAAGGAGUUGGAGAGUCACACGGAUGCACACCUUGGCCGGGACUUCUUCCUGGGACGCCAGCCCUCUACCUGCUCCAGCACUUACAUGAACCUUCGGGAGGUGUCCAGCAGGGUCCGACUCCCCCCGGGACAGUACCUGGUGGUGCCAUCCACCUUCGAGCCCUUCAAGGAUGGUGACUUCUGCUUGAGGGUGUUCUCAGAGAAGAAGGCCAAGGCUCUGGAAAUUGGGGAUACUGUAUCUGGACACCCUCAUGAGCCACAUCCCCGUGACAUGGAUGAAGAAGAUGAACAUGUCCGGAGCCUGUUUGAGGAGUUUGUGGGCAAGGAUUCUGAGAUCAGUGCUAAUCAGCUCAAGAGGGUCCUGAAUGAAGUACUUUCUAAACGAACAGACAUGAAAUUUGAUGGAUUCAACAUCAACACUUGCAGAGAAAUGAUCAGCCUGCUGGAUAGUGAUGGGACAGGAAGCCUGGGACCUAUGGAGUUCAAGACUCUCUGGCUGAAGAUCCGCACAUAUCUGGAGAUCUUCCAAGAAAUGGACCAUAACCAUGUAGGGACCAUUGAAGCCCAUGAGAUGAGGACAGCUCUCAAGAAAGCAGGUUUCACCCUCAACAACCAGGUGCAGCAGACCAUUGCCAUGAGGUAUGCGUGCAGUAAGCUUGGUGUUGACUUCAACGGUUUUGUGGCGUGUAUGAUCCGCCUGGAGACCCUGUUCAAACUGUUCAGGCUUUUGGAUAAGGACCAGAAUGGCAUUGUCCAGCUCUCCCUGGCUGAGUGGCUGUGCUGUGUGCUGGUCUGACCCGCUGUUUGGACAUCAACAACUUCCCUGUCUCCCACUUGUCCCUUUCAGUCUUAUGAACAUGUGACCUCAGGUGGCAUUUACUGACUGUUGUAUUGUUCCAGCCAACUGUUGUUCCUGAGACACUGCCUUUCCCAACAGAGCAGUCUAGGGAGCCCCAGAUCUCUCAGCAGCACCGAGCUAUGAGCUAACUGGGCAGAUCCCAGGGUUCAGCAGAAGGAAAAGAAUCAAUUAAAGUUGUGGGCCAGGAUGGU